AGCUGCCUGGAGAUGCUGCUGUGGCCACUCCUGCUGCUGCUGCUGCUGCUGCUGCUGCCAUUGACCUUGCUCGGGCUGCGGCGGCCCCCGGACGCUGAGCUGUCCUGGCUUGGAGGCCUCCAGCAUCGAGUGGCAUGGGGGGUCCUGGGCUGGGCAGCCGCCUGGCAGCAGCAGAGACUGGAGCAGUGCACUCGGCAUGUGGGCCAGAGCCAGCAGCAGGCCCUGCGGUGGUGUCUGAAGAGGGCCCGGGGCACCCGCUGCGCCCUCAGAGGGGUCACAGAUGUGAGCACCUUCCGGAACCAUCUGCCUCUGACCAAGGCCAGCCAGACCCCGGAGGAAGAGAGCAGAGGGCAGCUCCUGCCCCCCACCUCACGCCAGCACCGCGGGGAGGCUGCUCUGCAGGCCACCUUGCUGGGUCUGGUGGCCCUAAACAAGGCCCACCCAGGAGCGCUGGCUCCAGGAAGCACUGCCUGUGUGACCCUCACAUCCCCGUGGCCCAGCCCCCUGCCCUGGCCUGGGGAUGCCCUGGGCUGGGGUACCACCCCUGGAGCCAAGGACCCUGGGUCCCUGCUGCUGGAGGCCCUGAGGUCCCCUGGGCUGAAGGUCCUGGAGGCCGGGACGGCGGUCGAACUCCUGGACAUCUUCUUGGGCCUGGAGGUCACCGGGCACGAGGUGGCAGGGGCGAUAGCUGCUGGGGGCCCAGGCGCACCACUCCCCGGACGGGCAGCUGAGCUACUGGAGGCUCUGGGGCAGGGACCCCGAGGACUGGCCCUUCGGCUCUGGCCGAAGCUGCAGGUGGUGGUGACUCUGGAUGCGGGAGGCCAGGCCGAGGCUGCAGCUGCCCUUGCGGCCUUGUGGUGCCAAGGGCUAGCCUUCUUCUCUCCUGCUUAUGCCGCCUCUGGAGGGGUGGUGGGCCUCAACCUGUGGCCAGAGCAGCCCCGAGGGCUCUACCUUCUGCCCCCCGGAGCCCCCUUUAUCGAGCUGCUCCCAGUCACGGAAGGAGCCCCAGUGGAGGCUGCCUCUACCCUCCUUCUGGCCGAGGCCCAGCAGGGCAAGGAGUAUGAGCUGGUGCUGACUGACCGCGGUGGCCUCACCAGGUGCCGCCUGGGGGAUGUGGUACGAGUGGUUGGCAUCCACAAUCAGUGUCCGAUCGUCAGGUUUACCCGCAGGCUGGGCCAGGCCCUGAGUGUGCGAGGAGAAGAUAUUGGUGAGGAUCUGUUCUCUGAGGCCCUGGGCCGGGCAGUGGGGCAGUGGCCGGGGGCCAAGCUGUUAGACCACGGGUGUGUGGAGAGCAGCAUUCUGGAUUCCUUCAAAGGCUCUGCUCCCCACUAUGAGGUGUUUGUGGAGCUCAGGGGACUGAGGAAUCUGUCAGAGGAAAAUCGAGACAAGCUGGACCUCUGGCUCCAGGAAGCCUCUCCCCGCUACAAGUCCCUGCGGAUCCGAGGCAGCGUGGGCCCUGCUCGAGUCCACCUGGUGGGGCAGGGGGCCUUCAAGGCGCUCCGGGCAGCUCUCGCCACCUGCCCCUCAUCCCCAUUCCCUCCCGAGAUGCCCCGGGUGUUCCGGCACGGGCACCUGGCCCAGCUCCUACAGAGGUGGGUGGUGUCCUGAGCCGAGGCCAGCCCACGCCCUGCUCCCUCAGGGCCACCUCGCUCCAGCCACUGGGGCCUCUCUGGGUGGGACUCCUGGGCCCAGGUCUCUCACUCUGUCGCCUGAUAUUUGCCCAGGAGAGCCACUUGGCCAUCAAGAGGCCUUGGCCUCCUCAGUUCUGAGACUGGGGCCCCGGGGCUUCAGCAGAUGCUGCAGUGCCCUGCCCACAUCCCUUGUAGCCGCCCUAGAGCACGCUGCCAGAGAGUUCCCACACCCGAGGGUGUGCUCUGGCCACAGCUGUGUGCUUGGCCAGCACACGGUGGGGGCUGGGAGUGCGGGGGGUUUCAAAUGCCCCUGGGGCCGCCCCUGGUCAGUAAGGAGCAGGAGUUGGCAAAUGAAAACCCCAGUCUUGUCCUUGAGGGGGACAAUUCCGAAGCGUUUUCACCUCCUCCCUGCACUGCACUUACUGAGAUCUGCUCCCCAAUAAACCUCUCACACCCAGA